UGUAUAACAAUCACAUUCACCAUUUUACCAUAACGUCUGGGAAAAGCGUAUUGAUAUUGAUACCAGAACAGGACGGACUGAAGUCAAGAUUGCUACCCGUCACGUCAAACUUCACAAGAAUGGCUGUCAAUUCUAUGACCAAGUGGAAAUGCAAAGAUGUAGAGACUCCUGGAGAACCCGGUCGUAUAAGAAAACGAUUGUUUGUUGACUUAGAAAACGAAGACAAGACUUCACUUGAACAGUCUCCUCCUUCAAAGAAACCAAAGCUUGACGCUGACCAAGCAGAGCAGGAACCACUUCUGAGAGAAAAUCUAGGCAGAAACUGGUAUCUUGUCAUUGCCGAGUUUCAAGGGGAAACAAAAGUUCACUUGAGAGUGUAUGAAGAACGAGAAGAAGAUGAGACCUUGUAUCCUACGAAAAAGGGAAUAUCUCUUGAUCUAGAAAAAUGGAAAAAGCUGACAGAACUAUACAGUGAAGAGAUAGACGACGCCAUUGAACGCCACGAGGCGGAAAUGCCCGUCUCGUAUAAAAAACAUCUAGGAGAAAAUUUCUAUGUCACCGUCGAAACGGGGUUUUCCUUGGUCAACGUAAGGAAAUGGUGGAUGCCCCCAAAUGAAAAAGACAUAGUUCCGACCAGACGUGGAGCGGCGCUUACAUUCGAUGAAUGGGAAGAAUUGAAAUGUUUAAUACCACGCGUAGAAGAAAAGAUUGGAGACCAGAUAAGAAGCGUGGAGUAUUGUGAAAAUUCGGAGAGCCAUCAAAAUCAAAUGGGAUCCCUUCAAUGCCCCAGGUGCAAUCCCAACGAGUACACUAAAAAUACUUACUAAAGA